AUAGUUUUUGCCACCCCGAUCGUAAUGCCACACAUUGAGGAUCGCCGGCAAUCUGUUGUCGAUUCGAGAGGUGAAGGAAGCAAUCUGUUGUCGAUUCGAGAGGUGAAGGAAGUGACGGAAGAAAACCAGGAACCCUAGAGCUCGAGGAAAAGGAAGAGUAGCUCGUGUGUUUGGAAAGAAUUUCCCUCCUAGAGUCCUAGACAACAAGAAACUGCAGAUUGUAAUAUUUCCUUGAUCCUCCAAGAACCCUUCCUUUAGGAAGUUUUCUUUUGCUUUUGGGCGGGCCUAGGCAGGCCCAAUUGCCCAAGACCAGGCCCAUUGCCCAUCAUACAAAUAGCACAUAACGAUCAAAUAGAGUAUGGUCAGGGAAACUCAAAUCAUAUAUUAGGCAGCAUAUCAUGUCAUAUAUACACAGAUGCACACAAAAGCUAUAGUUGUACAGCAAAAGAAGAACGACUAUACCACAGAUAAUCAUUAGAAUGACCCACCCAAAACUGAAAUUUUUACCAUUUACUGAAGAUCCCACUAUGAAGAACACCUGCUUUCUUUUUCUUGGACUUGUGUACGAAUGACUAAUCAUCACCUUCCAUGUCUACUGGGGAGUGGUUCACCAACUACACCCACAUUUCUUCUCCCUUCUUCUUCUUCCUCUCGCUCUCUCUGAUCUUUGAAAAAAACUACUCCACAGCACUAAAACAGAAGUAAAACGAGAAGACUCCAUAGACCCACGUUGCUUGGUCAACUUGCAGGGGUAUCGAGACCCUAGUGAUGAUCAUCAACUUCAUCACCAUCCUACUUCUGAUCCGACCGUCUUUGCCUUUGGGAUCCAAGACCAGGCACUUUGAAUGGGAGGUCGGUUACAUGUUCCGGUCGCCGGACUGCGUCGAGAACCUCGUGAUGGGGAUCAACGGCCAGUUCCCGGGCCCUACGAUCCGUGCCGAGGCCGGGGACACCCUUCAUGUGAAGCUCACCAACAAGCUCCACACUGAGGGUGUUGUCAUUCACUGGCAUGGAAUUAGACAGCUUGGAACUCCAUGGGCGGAUGGAACUGCUUCAGUCUCUCAGUGCGUCAUCAAUCCUGGAGAUACCUUCGUUUACAGAUUCAAAGUUGACAAGGCGGGAACGUACUUCUACCAUGGACACUAUGGAAUGCAGAGGACAGCGGGGUUAUACGGGUCUCUCAUAGUGGACGUCGCGGAAGGAGAGAAGGAGCCAUUCGAUUACGACGGCGAGUUCAGCCUCUUGCUGAGCGACUGGUGGCACCGGAGUGUGCAUGAGCAGGAGGUCGGCCUCUCUUCCGUGCCGUUCCGUUGGAUCGGCGAACCUCAGUCGCUACUGAUAAACGGAAGAGGGCAAUACACUUGCUCGCUCGCGUCGAGCUCCGCCGUCGCCGACGGCAACGCGACCACGGAUCGAGGUGGUCGGUGUGGGUUUCUCGGGCACGAGGAGUGCGCACCUCAGAUCCUCCACGUGCUUCCGAACCGGACGUACCGGCUCCGGCUCGCCAGCGCGGCUUCCCUCUCCUCUCUCAACUUUGCGGUCUCGAGCCACAAGCUGGUGGUGGUGGAAGCCGACGGCAACUACGUCCAGCCCUUCGCUGUCGACGACCUCGACAUCUACUCCGGCGAGAGUUACUCCGUCCUCCUCGCCACCGACCAAAACCCCGCUGCCAACUACUUCAUCUCGGCCGGCGUCCGGGGAAGGCGGCCCAACACCACCCAAGCCCUGACCAUCCUCAAUUACAAGCCGAACCCGCCCUUUAAGCCUCCUACCUUGCCGCCUCCGGUCACCCCUCGCUGGGACGACUUUGAUCGCAGCAGGCGGUUCUCCCUGAAGAUCCGCGCCCUCGUCGGACGCUCCCGGAAGCCGCCGAGGAAAUCCAACCGCCAGAUCCUCCUCCUCAACACGCAGAACACCGUCGACGGGCUGCUCAGGUGGUCGAUCAACAACAUCUCGCUGGCGCUCCCUGCAACCCCGUACUUGGGCUCGAUCAAGUACCGACUGAAGCACGCCUUCGAUGGGGCUCCGCCGCCAGAGACGUUCCCGGAGAACUACAACCUCGCGAGGCCGCCGGCGAACCCCAACUCCACCGUGGGCAGCCGAGUCUACCGGCUACAGCUCAAUUCCACAGUCGACGUGGUGCUUCAAAACGCGAAUGCAAUGCAGGAGAACGUUAGCGAGAUCCACCCGUGGCACUUGCACGGGCACGACUUCUGGGUUUUGGGGUACGGCAAGGGGCGGUUUGCGGCAGCGGAGGCGGAGAGGCAUUUCAACCUGGAGGAUCCGCCGUUGAGGAACACGGCUGUCGUGUACCCGUACGGGUGGACGGCGGUGAGGUUCGCGGCGGACAACCCCGGGGUGUGGGUGUUCCACUGCCACGUGGAGGCGCACCUCCACAUGGGGAUGGGCGUGGUGUUCGCCGAGGGCAUGGACCGGGUCCGCGGGAUACCGAGGGCGGCCAUCGCAUGCGGCUUGACGGCGAAGAUGAAGACGGCCGCGAAGGAGGAGGAAGAUGGGAAUUGACGAGCGAUUGAGGUGGUGAUUCGUGUCUCGGGU